UACCUCCGACUCUGAUCAACCUACCUCCUCCAGACCCCAUGACGCCCUCAGAUGCUCCCGGAACUCCCAAUUCCACCACAACCUCCAUGUCGGAGCUCUCGACGUCAGUAAUCACAUGCAUUGAAGUCGACAACAUGCUUACACGCGCCGACAGUGUUGCUAUCAAAGACGGCCACCGUGGUCACCUACCUCACUCGCACCACUCACAAGCCCCUACAUCCGGCACUUUGGAUGCCGAACGUGCUGACCGUAUCUCACGCCUCGCUGGUCUUGAGCGUGUGACGACUGCUCGCAACCCCACUCCCGUCUCCAACCUGACCCCUGGCGCUGCCGCUCCACACUCGGCCGCCGCCAGUGGCUACUUCGACUCUCAGGGAAACCCUCUCCUGACCCGUGAACGCAGCACUGUUGGCUCGGCUUCGGCAACUGGUAGCGUCGGCGGCCGCACAAAUACCUGGGCUAGUGGCAGCGAUGUCUUUGACCACGACAAGAUGAGCGAGAGUCAGGAUAUGGACAUGGAUACUUCCAGUGUUGGCGCCGCUUCCGACACGAACAGUCUCGGAGCUCGCACUCCUGCGCGUCACAGCGCCAUCGGAAGUCCCAGUGUAACAAAAUCCACUCCCACCGCCUCGGCGCUGUCACAACCUUUCCAGAGAGAUUCUAGUUUGACUCCUGUCAGUUCUUACGCUCAGUCAGAGCAGCAGGACGUCUCGAUGAUCGACCGCAGAACUCUUGAUACUGGAGCCGAGACCGCUGAACGCAUCAUCCGCGAGCGCCUUGGUCCUGAGGGCGUUCAGGGAGGUCUUGAGAAACCCGAUACUUCUCGUGGCCAGGGAGGUGAUUUGGGAAAGUUCUACUUUGAAUCCAGCAAA